UUGAGCAAACAGGAAUGCGGUAAAUUAAAUCCGGUGCCACAAACUAUAAAUGGAUACGCUGUAAACUUAAUGUCCAGACCAUGGAUGGCCUUGCUUAAGUCAAUUGUAUUCGGUUUUGAAAACUUUAGAUGUGGUGCUACGCUUAUAACGACUCGUUUUGUGCUCACAGCUGCGCAUUGUGUGGUUAAUGUUAAUGUUACCUCAGUUCGUUUCGGUGAGCAUACAUUAUCGACAUACCGUGACUGCAUAAAGUCUAGAGGAAGAGUAAUAUGUGCACCUCCAGUUGAAGAUUUUGAAAUUGAACGCGUUUUUGUACAUGAGAAUUUCUCUUCAAUUCUUGGCCUUAAUGAUAUAGCGCUUAUCAAACUAAAAAGGAAUGCGGAAAUCAAGUUAAACAUUAGUCCAUCUGUCUUCCCGAGACCAAGGAGCUACAAGAAAAACCCGAAAUGCUGACGCAGUUUCGAGUAACAGGCUGGGGUAAAACUGAAACUUUGGCAAGAGCGGAUACUUUACAGGAAUCGGUUAUACGCAAAAUACCCCGAGAAAAUUGCAGUCGUGCUUACGACAAAGAAUAUAAUUCAUCUAUUAUCUGUGCUGGAGACACUAUGGGAGAUGCUUGCAAUGGCGACUCUGGUGGUCCAUUGACCUAUGUAGAGUAUUUUAAUCAAAGAGAAAGAUUUGUACAGUUUGGAAUUGU